AGAGCUGAUUCUAUUCCUAUUGGCUUGCGAGAACGCCUACCAGACGUCAUGUAUCCUUACGCACCUGGAGCGCUAAAGUUUGUGGCAUCAUCAAAAAUGGUUUUUCUCCUCUUUAUAUCUGGUAUGACCGCGGUUUCGGGACAAUACAUCUACAAAGAUAUCAGCGGACAGAAGGAAAGCAGCGGCGGGAGUAACUGGGGCAUAAGCGUUCCCCCCGCAUUUUACUUCAUGAUGUUCAUUGUGGGCUGGGAAUUAGUGAGAGACUUUCUUAAACUGCUGCUUUAUGCUGUCCAGGGUCGAGUAAAAGGCCGCAAGAAACAUCAUCGCGCUGACACUGAGGAUGCCAGGAAACGCCUGGAUGAUGACACGAUGGACGGGUUUCAUUGCCGCUGCUGCCGUUACGCCGCCUUGCGCGACUGAAACGAAGCGGCAAUGGGCGAGAGCCUCGAGAGAGGUCUAUUUCGCCCGUUGCCACUUCGCUCCAGUCGCAUAAGGAGAAGGCGUACCGGCAGCAGCAGUAUUCGCUCUAGGUCACUUCUCAGCCACCGUGAAGAAGCGGAAGUUUUGAUCACACGUCUGUGAAAAGUCACCAUUAGCUCUCUGUCCAUUGUUGUUUUGAAAAAUACUCUUUUUUUACCGGUAAUGCUGUCACGCUAGAAGAAACCAUCCAUACAGAAGCUUUUUUUCGCGUUUACAUCUAGUAACUUCGUCGAAGCCUUUUCACUUACUCUCCUUUCGAUCUCGAAGCAUUCGAUCUCAUUUUCACACU